AUGGAAGGGCCCAUGUCUCACCGGGCCCCGCUCGGCCCCCCCUCUGCUGCCCGUUUCCACCGGCGGAGAACCUCCGGCACAAGAGACGAGCGCUACCGAUCAGAUGUCCACACCGAGGCCGUGCAGGCGGUGUUGGCGCGACACGUGGAGCGGAAGGUGGCGGUGCCCAUGCCCUCCAAAAGACGUUCACUGGUGGUGCAGACCUCCAUGGAUGCGUACACGCCUCCAGGCCUGUCCCCCCUGUGCUCAGACUCGUCGUCGGGCUCGGAGGAGGAGGCGGGGCCGGGCGACGACAUGUCGGGCAUGGAGCACUGGAUGAGCCGCCCAUCCCAGUUGGGCCCCGCCCACCUGGGCUCCACCUCCUCCUCUUCCUCGUCAACGCAGAGCGGAGGCAGCGGCAACGCCGGGCGACUGGCCGACUCACUGGCCCACACGCACAUCUCGCACCUGGCGCACGCACACCUGGCGCACACGCACCUGGGCCAGUCGCUCCACCAGCAGAGCCUCCUGUCACAGUCACACCACGGAAUCGGCCACUUGUCCCUGAAGAGGAAGGGAGCUCUGAGCGUCGCAGAGAACGGAGGAUCUCUUCGGCGAUCCUGUGAGUUUGGCUCCGACAUGCUGUGGCCACCGCCGCUGGAGUCAGACGAGAAUCACUCUGCCCCCCCGGAUGUGACGGGCUACUCGUCGGACUCGUCUCACUCCCACACUGAGCGUCACCACAUGUCCAACAUGGGAACCAUUGCCAGGAACACGCAGAAGUACGGCAACGCAGAGCGCAUGGAGACAGGCGACGGCGUCCCGGUCAGCAGUCGUGUGUCGGCUAAGAUCCAGCAGCUGGUGAACACGCUGAAGCAGCCGCGCAGGCCUCCGCUACGAGAGUUCUUUGUCGACGACUUCGAUGAACUUCUAGAGGUCCAGCAGCCGGACCCCAAUCAGCCACGGCCGGAGGGGGCGGAGAUGAUGCUGGUGCGAGGCGAGGCGCUGGGGGUGGUCACUAACUGGCCCCCCUCCCUGGAGGCUGCGCUCCAACGCUGGGGAACCAUUUCCCCGAAAGCCCCCUGCCUCACCAGCCUGGACACGGCAGGGAAGCCCCUCUACGUUCUCACAUAUGGGAAGCUGUGGUCUCGCAGCAUCAAGCUUGCCUACAACAUCCUCCACAAACUGGGCAGCAAGCAGGAGCCCAUGGUGCGACCGGGGGAUCGG